ACUGUUCUAAAAGAAUGAAGGUGUGGAUUUCAGGGGGUGGGUGGCAAUGUACCUUUGGGCAAGUAAUGAAAGCAUUAAAUUCUUUUCAUUUUCACAGAUGCAAGCUCAACGUAAAUGGGGCACAACACAGGUUAAGGACAGAGUAAAGAAUGAAGAGAUUUCUGAUGUCACGAGAGGAUUUUGAACUUCGUGAUCAAAUUCAGCUUCUUACAGAAAAAUGUAAUGUUCUUGAAGGAGAGAAAGCAGUCCUUAAGAGGGAAUGUUUGGUGGCCGGAGAACAGGCAAGGACCCUGAGAAUGGAUGUCAACUCACUCUCCAUGCAGCUCUGCAUACAGGAACAAAGAAAUAUGGCACUACAGGUGAAACAUGACCAGCUUCUUAGAGAAACCCAGCAUGAAAAGGAGUUGGCUGAUUUUCUGCAGCAGCAACUGCAGACAUUGGCGAAAGAGAGUGCCAAGAACUCCCAUGAGCUUGGGCAGGAGCUGGAGAAGGUGCUCACUGACCUGCAUCAGCUCCAGGACUCUGAGACCCAACUUCAAAACCUGUUGGAGGAGAUGCAACAGCAAAAUCAGGAAAGAACCAGACAAGCAGAGCAACUGCAGGCAGAGCUCAACAGUAAAACCCAGGAGCUGGAUGAAGAGAGAAGUCUUCAUGCAGAAAUUCUGAAGCAGAUGAGACAAAAGAACCAGGGGAGUCUGAAAAAACUGCAGGUGACAGUGAUUCAGUUCGAGUCUUUCUGUGAGCAGCAGAAGACCUGGAUGCACUGUGUGAAGAGGUUUAAGGAUUGUAUGUCAGAAGAGAAGGAUGCCUUAUGGAGAAAGAUCAACACUAUGGAAAAGCAGCUGCAGCAAUUCAGAAGGAUUAUGCAAGAAAACACAAAAUACAAGGCCUUUGCAUCCACUGCAGCUGAGACAGCCAAUCAACAUUAUGACAGGCUCCCUAUGGUGGAUCCAGUCCUACUGGCAGAAGGGCAAGCUGAAAUAAACAAAUGGAACAGGACAGGAGACCUUUGUAAAAAUGUUACGCCUCUUCAAGUUAGUUGAUAAUUCUGUAUGGAUUUAAAGAGACAAAUGCAAUCGAUGGACAUCAAAAACCUCCCUGAAGACAUUUUGGCUGAAGUUCUUUCUUUCUACUGGGAGAUUUAUACAUACCUUUGGGCCAUGUCUUAGGUCAGACUGGCGACGAAAUUCAAAACCUUUGCAUCUUAGUUCGUGUUUGGUUGUUGUUUACCUGCUUUGAAAUACAUCUGUAUCUAAUUGUCUUUCUUUUCAGAGGUUUUUAAAAUCAGAGCAACAAAUGUGGUACUUUCUCAAGUGUGGGGAUGAUGUUUGUUUUGACUAGCUGACCAGAACUAUUUUUAACCACAUUAAUAAGGUGGAAAAUGUUUAAUGUGCAAGACAGACAUUAGAUCAGACUCUCAGACUAAGAAGUAACUACUUAUUUUCUUUCCCUCAGUGUUAAAAAGAAUUAUGGGGAAAAGUCACUUAGAAAAAUUACAUAAACAUUACUUGAUUCAAUAUGGACAGUACAAAUGUUUUCAUUGUUACAUUAACAUUUCAGGAUUCAAGAAAUGUGGCAGUGAUUCCAAGUGAACUGUUAGAUUAGAAAGUUGAACAAAAUAAGUAUUGAAUUCCAUUCUCUGUUUUACCUUGGAAGAUUCACCCCAGUAUAGUGGCAUUUCUACCAUGGGUUUAGUGAUGAUUUCCUGUGGUUUCAGCAUUACUUCACUGGACCAUGGGAAUACCAUGCUAUAGUUAAUAUUUUGUUAAAGUAUUUAUCAUGGCAUAUCAUGGAUUUCUUAUAGUCUAGCUAGCAUAUUAAAACUGAACACAUGAUAUUAACAUAGUAAUAAUGUCACAACUAUGCUAAAAACACAACAAAAGCAUGGUAAAAAUACAAAAGCUGAUCAUACUGUAACGCCCUCGCCUGGUG